UGAACCCUGCUUGUGGAGGUCCUGCCAUCCCCCCAACUGCCUCUAGCCCAUUGCAAUCCCUGCAAGCCACGGAGUAAAGGAACACCAAGACCCUGGGUCUACGUGAUGCAUUGACUGUUGCCAUCUUUUCUUCUUAGACUGAAAAUGGUGUUUGGUCUGUGCUGCCAGAGAGAGAGGCUAUACAAGUUCCUGUAUGUGGUACACAUCUUCAUUCUUGCAGGAGUGGUGUACUACUAUUUUCAGGGGUGUGUGGGGAAAACAGCCCCUGACCAUGAGAUUGCUGGGGAAUCAUCACAGCCCUUAGGGGAGACCUUAAGGCCAGUGUGGGGACUGAUGGAUAAAUGCUACCCUGUGACCACUCAGAGACACAGAGUCAAGAGUGGGGAGAAGCAAGACUCUGAGGCCAUGACCCCCAAGGCAACAGGAGGACCGAAUGAUGCUGCCCCCAAGGAGGAGACGGAUAGCUUAUCUUCGGAUGAGGGGGAGAUGAGGUCCCCAGGAGAGGAAGCAGGCAGCCCCAUUCCUUCCCCCAUUCCUGCUGGGAAGGAGGUAUCUGAGGAGGAGGAGGUGGCAGGGACCCCAGGCUGGGAGGAAAAUAAAAAGGUCCGAAAGGAGAUUGCUGCAUAUACUUCUGAGGCUUCUGAGGUGGACAUCAUGGAGGAAAGCCCUGGGGGCUGGGUCCCCCAGCUCCUGAGGAAGCUCUGGCUGGGCUGGUUCCCAGCCUCUGACAUCCCCAAGACUCAGAGCCACGAAUGACACAACAUCCAAUAAAUCCACAGUUGCUGCUUCUGCAGGCCUGGCUG